CAUUUGUGGUUGUAAACUUGUAAGAUGUAAACAUCGCUUGCGGGCCCAUUCAGAACUGAGAAGUCAAAAUCCAAAACCCAAUCAUUUUAAGUCUACCUAUCGUGCCUGCCCCUCCUCCUCCUCUCCCCUGUCUUUAGCAGAGCAGCAGAGAGCAAAGUCCACUACUCUUAUCGAAAACAACCCUAUCAAAAUAAUAAUAGCCCUUAACAUCCUAAUUACGCUAUCCUGUUUAUAUCUUUAUUUCCUUCCACCAUUCUCAUCCCCAUCAAAAGUGGUCCAGUUCUCUAUUAUGCAGCAAAAUCAAACUGCACCGCACACUUAUGAUCAGCUAUGAGCAUCCACACGGAGUCUCCUGCACCUGCUCCCACCACUCCUCUCACACUCGCAGAACUGCCGAAUUUUGAUUAUGGCCGUGCUUUGUUUCCUCUUCUUUUUCUUUUUCUUUUUCUUUUUCUCGUGCCGCCAACCAUGGCACAGGCGCUUCCUCCGUCACCGCCACUGCCAGGCCCAUUCGCGAGACUGAGGUUCGACAAAACCAUGGGUGUAGUCCUUGUGAUCCUCGUCGUGGUGUUCUUCAUCUUGGGCUUAAUCUCAAUAUACACUCGCCAAUGUGUUGAGCGAAGGAUUGGUGGCAGGUUUGACCUAUCCAUCCCCAUCAUCGGAGGAAGCGAACUCCGGCCACCGCGAGGCCUCGGCAAGGCGAUCAUCGACACCUUCCCCACCUUCGUAUACUCCGAAGUGAAGGCUCUCAAGAUAGGGAGGACCACGCUCGAAUGCGCCGUGUGCCUCAAUGAGUUCCACGACGAUGAAACGCUGCGUUUGCUCCCUAAAUGCAGCCACGUGUUCCACCCCGAUUGCAUCGACGUCUGGUUGCUCACUCACUCCACCUGCCCAGUUUGUCGGGCCAACCUCGUACCCAAACCCGGGGACAGCUUUUCUUCCGUCGCAGUCCAGGUACCAGAUCAUGUUCGACCCGACCCGGAAUCCGUAAAUGACCCGAAUGUUAUUACCCGGGUCGAUGACGAUGGGCCAAACAGAGUAAUAACAACAGAGUCUCCGAGGGAGAAUUUAGGUGAUCAGAGCCGUCCGGUUCGGUCUAGGUCAACAGGAUUUGGAAUUGCGAGAUUGUUCCCACGUUCUCACUCGACGGGUCACUCGCUGGUUCGACCGGGGGAGGAUUGCGAGCGGUUCACGCUGAGGUUGCCCGAGCAAGUGCGGAACCUGCUGGUGAAUUCAGCCACGUUGAACCGAACGAAGAGUUGCGGCGUGACAUUGCAGCGAGAGAGUAGUGGAAGGAGAGGUUACAGGACGAGAAGCACAGGGAGGAGCUAUAUGCAGUAUGAGCGGUUCGGCGGGGAGGUUCGGCCGGACCGGUGGGGGUUCACGUGGACCCCGCCGUUUUUGUUUAGGUCCGGUUCGACGAGCUCAACUAAGGAUGCCAACAACGCGAGGGUAGUAAUGGAAGAAGUGGAAGUGGGAGAAUGUUCUUCUGAUUGUUUAUUUUCCAAAGAGUGAGGAUUAUAUUUUAGGUGAGGCUAGGUGUGGAUGAUAAUAAGUUUGUUUUUUUCUUUUUUUUUUAGUAUUCAAUCAGUUCAUACUUUGAUUUUUUUAUUUUAUCGUUUAAUGGAAGCCGAGCUGAUGUUUCGUGGAAUUUCAAUUUUUUGUUUUAAACUAC